ACUACGUAGAUACUUACCAGGUAGGUAGAUAUCUUUCUCGCUACUUUUAACAACUGUUGCCCUUUUUUCCCUUUUUACUUUCUACAUACAUACCUUUUUUCUCAUUUCCUCAUCUUCGACUUCUGUAUUUCUAGGAUCCAGCUGGGCUCCAACCUUAUCGCUUUCCGAAUCCAUCAGCAACUCUAAAAAAGAUCCCCCCGCUAUUUACCUCAUUCUCCCCCCCAAUUCCCUCCACUCAUCCACCUCCCCGCAAAUUACGCUUAGCAUUAGCACAUCACGCGCAACACAACAUCCCUCCCCCCCGGUUGUUGUCUGAGCUCUGAGACCUGGCCCUGAUAUGAGGCACGAGGCCACCAACAAACUUCCUUCUUGUCAACUAUUCCAGUAGGCAUUAUCGCUCAAGAACUAGUACUAUGAGUAGGACAAUGACGACGGUUGCUCUCCCGAGACCUGUUCCACCACAUCGCUCUGCAUCCAGCAUCGUCACCCUAACAUCUCCAAUCGCAAUCGAACCCAUUAAUACCCAACAGGUAUCCAGUGCUGCGCCCGCUCCAAUUCCAAAUAAACAUAUUCCCGUAUGUCCCACUGGACCAGCACCCGUUCGUGAGCCCAACACCCCACCACCUUCACCAGCCCGCGAAGAUGCACCACGUCGGAUAUCCCUGCUUUGCCCGCCGAGCAAAUUCGAGCGUGUGGAAUCGGGAUCCCUCGCAAUCUAUAAGAUUAGUCCUGGCGACGUAGCAGCAGCCUUGGACUAUAUUUCUAGACAACCUCUGCCAGACCCUUCCCAGGUCUUUCCUUGGCUGCAUGGAUUACAUCCUAGCAAUCACAUCCAGCAGACAUUUUUCAUGUCGAGAAGCAAAUCUGUGCGACAGAUGCCCAAUUGUUUGCGAGGCAUUACAGUUGUAAAGGCCGACGGCGACCUCUCUGUUGCCCGUCUGAAGGGGGCUAUUGCUCCUAAUGAACUUCUGCGUCCCGAUUCUGAAGGAGAAUUCGUCGAGGUAGACCCUAGAGAAGGAUUCUCAGUUCGCAACUUCCAGAUCCAAGCAGCAAAAACGGCUGUUACCUCCGAUAUCAUUGUAUAUGGCGAGGAUGCUAGCCUAGUUCGUAAGCUGGGAUGGGAGAUCGCGUCGGCGCAGUCCAAAUGGCGAAAGAAGCAUGACUCUGCCCCGAAAUACCACACUUUCACCUGCGUAAGCCCAUUCAUGGACUUCGAGAAUAAGCAUAGCGGAAUCGUUGCAACCGAUUCUGAGGGUCGCCUAACGGGUUCCGUAGUCGACUUCUUCCACCAGGAACGGGCCGAGAUGUAUGCGAUGACAAAGGCAACAGAGAUAUCGCGAAACGUAUGGAUGGGACCGACCCUCGACCCAGGAGGUGAGGAGGAACGGCGAUAUGAUAUCCUCAUUGAGUGCAGUGACCUUGGUCGGCUGAACCCAGCUGCCCUACAGGCAAUUGCUGAAGGUUCCAGCGACGACGAGACACCCCUCCAUCUGGACUUCCCCUCUUCUGGAAGCAUCCUCCCGCCCACGUGGUCCCACGCCGAAGCUGACGGCAUUUUGGACACGUGUAAGUGGCUCUGGCACCUCUCUCACGGGUCUGUGCCAACAAAAUCAGAUGCCGAUAUAGACGGGGAUUCGAGCAUGUCUGAUGUGUCCGAGGCGACCGAGGUUGAAAUGUGCCGGCCGCGAAAGAUCCUCAUACACUGUGCCGACGGAUACACAGAGUCAACGAUGCUAGGCAUAGCCUAUUUCAGCUAUAGCACCGGCCGACCGGUUCACCAAGCGUGGUUAGACUUGCAUACGAAGAUGAAGCGGAACUUCUUCGCUUAUCCAACAGACGUAGCUCUACUGACUUCGAUUGCUGCACGAUUGCUCCAUGAAUCGCCUGUGUGUGCAGACAUGAGCCUCCUAGAAAUCACGAACCUCGUGAAGAACGAGCCUAGAUGGCUCACUUCUCUCGACGGAUCGUUCCCUAGCCGCAUCGUCGAUUAUAUGUAUUUAGGGAACCUGGUACAUGCCAAUAACCCUGACCUCCUCAAGGCGAUGGGUAUUGGCCAGAUCCUCAGUGUCGGUGAGACGGCCAUGUGGCGGGAUGGCGACUUGGAACAAUGGGGACCGGAUAAUGUGCUCGUGGUUGAGAAGGUUCAGGAUAACGGUAUUGAUCCGCUGACGAAGGAAUUUGAGAAGUGCAUGGAAUUUAUCGGUACAUCGUGGUCGGCGCAACGGAACUGCGACUUUGGUCCACUGCCGUGUGGGCGUGUCGCGAAGUGCUACUAUCUGCAUCGCUGAGGUCAUGCGCAGCCUGAAUCUCUCUUUUCCACGCGCAUACUGCUUUGUUCGGGCUAGACGACUUAAUGUGAUCAUCCAGCCUCACCUACGGUUCGCGUACGAACUCCUCAAAUGGGAGGAAUUGCUCCAGGCUAAGCGCCAAAGGGGUGAGAGUAAUGUCGAUGGCCCUGGAGGUGGCUUCCGGAGAGAGCUGGAGUGGGGGGAGAUUGCGCGGGAAAUAGCGCUUAUGAAUCGACCUUAUGCCCGAUAAUUUGGCUGGUUAGCGAU